AUGACCAUUGUCAUUCAUUUCUUGAUGCUUUUCAGGGCCAAAAAACCACGAUGGACCAUCCAUCUCCUCUUCUACUUGUUACCACUUGCCAAGGCUUACACGGUGUUCGAGACCAACUGUUCUGCUCCCGUCACCCGGGCAAACUAUGUGUCGUCUCCUAACACUAGAGGCACUCUUGACAUAUUAUGGAGUUCUUUGUUCACAAUCCUCGCUUGCACAUGGACACUUCAGCAUCCCAAUGUCCCCGAACAACGUGGCACUCGUGACCCCGGACGGCUGGGUGACAUAAAAUGGGCGCUGAAGGGUCUCUAUAGAAGCACAUUACGGUUCAUUGUGACAAUCAUUGCUCCCGAACUGAUAAUAUGUGCGGCAUGUCUUGAGCUACUGGAGGCGCACCAAGAUUACAGGUCAAUGCAGGACAUGGCCAAAGAAGACGAUGUUGCUUGGAGCCUCAGCCAUUCUUACUACGCAAACAUGGGCGGUUUUGUCAUACAGUCUGUACAGGGGAAGGACGACGGACAUUAUGGAUUAUACCAUCUCAACUCGAAAGGGAUCCAUGAACUUCGAAGCAGAGGAUACAUCGACAAAAUGCCUGACGUUGCGACUGGAGAAAUCAAGGAUAAGUCCAAAGGCGAUAUAUUCGUCAAAGUGAUCGCGCUCGGGCAAAUUCUCUGGUCAGUCUUCCAGAUCAUUGCACGACUUGUGAGAGACCUUCCUAUCUCGCCGCUCGAGGUUGCCGUCGUGGCCUUUGCUGUCUGCGCCGUCGUUAUAUACGGCCUCUACUGGGGCAAGCCACAGCGUGUCGGCGUUACCAUCACUAUUCUUACGUAUGAUGGAGUCAUACCAAGCGAUGUGCUCGCAGGGCUGAAAGAGGUACGGCCAGCUUGGCGAUUGCCAACGCUCGGAGAUGCUUUACCUGGUGCGCCAAUCAGCGUUCAAUGCACAAGAUCCGUGGGUUAUAGAGGCUUCGUCCUGACCAACGUCGUCACGACCCUGGGUGCGGCCGUAUUUGGCGGAAUCCACGUUAUUGCCUGGAACUUUGCCUUCCCGUCAGCGAUUGAGUUACUCUUGUGGAGAUGCGCAAGCAUUGCUACUUUUGCGGCUCCCCUCUGCGUCUGUCUUAUAUACCUCGCUAUCUUCCAUUUGAUGCUAAUGGGAAGAUUAGAGGAAGAUUCUAUGUUAGCCAUUGGCUUAUUGUUAUCGUUCACGCUCUUUAAAUGGGCACCUAUUGUUCGCCACCCAUGGGCCAUACUUAUAAACAGCCAGAAAAAUCAGGAUCUCGACUUUGAAACUUCUCUCCCUCCGUCAACGGCCUCAGCACUUGCCCCGUCUAGUAGCGGCGGCGCAUCUCCGCCUGCCGCCGUCGUCACAGUGCGUCUCGUCUAG